AGUACUAAAUUUUUGUGAACUAUUUUGAAAUUCACAGGUAAGUGAUUCUGAUAACAUGCACGUUUUUUAAAUACUCAAAUUUUGAGAAUUCUGUCCAAUUAAUACUGUGAUGUAAUUUGCAUUAUUUUCAAGUUGUUGAUUCUCGAGAAACAAUUUUGCUAUUUGCUAAUUGGUUAUACCAUCUUUGGAGGUUCAAUGAAAAUCUAGGAUCAGGAACUUUAAUUUCAAAAGUUAAUUACAAUUUCGUGGAUUAUUUUGGCGCUCUUUUAGGCAUGGCGGAUGAAUACAUUUAAGUCAGUGCGCAAUCGACGUGUUUUUUUUGUUUUUUUAACAAUUAUUGUUACUUAGAACAUGGCUUUGAAGUGUCUUUUAUAGAAAAGGCGUAUGCCUUGUAAAUUAAUUGUCUUCUUAUAUCGUUGCUGUUUUACGGGUUAAUUGAGCUUCGUUUACGAACUUGGGGUCUUGCCUAUUGUGACUUUAGUUGGCAGCCCUGGUGCUCCCUCCCGUCUUCGCUUCGGCGGCAACCCCCACCCCAGUAAGAUUUCCAGGAAUCGACGGACACUCGCUGCUGCCGUUGGGGUUGAAGUUGUCACCGGCGAGAUACGGCCAGGGCAGGGCUGUUGGACCGUUUUGAGGAAUCUGGUGAAACCGAAUGGAACUGACUGGCAAGUGACUUAUUUUUACUAACCGUAUCUUUUAUCUCCCCGUUAGUUGAGACAUGGCGUUACUCAUUUUUGUUGUGGAUUUGUCGCGGACACUAGUGCUGAAGCGAAUAGUUCAAAAUUCACCCUUUAUAAUGAGCCCUACGUGCCUGCAUAUUUGCAGACUCCCUCCUCAGUUUAAAUGAUAACAAUUGUUGUUAAAAGUGUCUUUUCUUCCUGUUCCAAGCCUUUCCCUGUAAUAAUUAUUAUUUCUCACACAUUGUCAAUUCAUCUGUGUAUUUUUUGCCCUUAGUGAAAACUCACAGUAUUUCCCUACUUUUGUGUGGCUAAUCAUGGCUCCACUUUUAUUCAAAUUUGUGUUAUCCCCUGUAGAUUCUCAUCAUGGCUAGUUCAUUCUGGACGGAAACGUACAGAAAGAAGUCCCAGCAUUAUUUUCAUUAUGGUGGUGGAAAUUCUUCAAACAAGCUCAUGACCUCUGAUCAGUAUAAGCAUGAAUCUGUGGGAGCAGCUGAACCAGUUGUCAAUGGAUUUCAGUCUUUUUAUACACCGUUCAUGAUGAAUCAAUCACACAAUUUUGGAACUAAGUGUUCCCCAUUGAUUCCCGAGUCAGUGAAUCAAGAACAACUGAAGAACACCUCUAAGUAUGAACUGUUCUCAGAUGAUUCUCAGUCUAGUAGUGGUCAAGUUGCAUUUCUCAAUCAGCUGUUGGAGGACACUGAAGAUAUAUAUGUCUCUAAAAAUAAUGGAUUUUAUAGCACCUUGUCUGAAAAAUUUUGCCUUGAAGAUGAGACGAUUGGACAGUUAGCCAUCAAGCUGGCUGACCUAGCUCUGGCAGAGGCGAACGUUCCGGUCAAGCAACAUCAGGCGGUUCAACCUAAGCCAAAUAUGACAUCUGGAGUGCAUAACAUCCACCAUCAAACACUGUCGAAAGCUCAAAAUUCCUCUGUUUUGAAGCCAACUAUUGUUAAGAAUAAUAAUCCGGGGAAGAAAACUCAAGGAUUUCACCAUAGCAAAAAGAAGAGAUUUCCCAACAAGAAUGUAACAAUGCCUAAGGGAUUUAGACAGGUGCCAUCUGGAGUUAAUGAUGCCAGAUAUGGGUAUCCUUCUUUACCUCAUCAUAAAUUCAGAUCUUACACUUCACCUCAUACUUUCUCAGGAGCUCCAUUUUGGAUGGAUGGUACCAAGUCAGAUGGCAGUAGUCUGUCCUCUAACUCUUCAGUGCAUAAGGAAUCAAUAAAUUACUCCUCUUCCGAUUUAAUGAAAUACAAGAUGUUUUCCAAGCGAAGUGAUUCUGAGGAUGACAACUUAUUGCCUCCUCAACCCCCACGCAGGAGUCGAAAGGCCUACAGCAUUAGUAGCAGCAGCAGCGGAGGACGUGCGAAAUUUAAUGAAUGUGUCCUGUGCAAAACUAAUGGAGAGACUCCAGCAAUGUACAGGAGUCACGUGCUUAAGGACGAAAGAGGCCGCACUGUUUGCCAAGUUCUACAGCGGUAUAUUUGCCCACUUUGUGGCGCUACUGGGACGAGUGCUCAUACUGUUAAGUACUGUCCGAAAAACGAAAACCCUCCUCAGGUUGCCACAAUGACUACUCUGAAGUCAAUGAGAUCUUCUACUGGCCGCAAGCGCUAUGGCCAUUGCUCUGGUCAGAUUCGUUCUGUCCCAUUUGAUGUACGUCAGAAUCCACUUUCAGCUUGAAUCAAGUUUUUUUCCCCUCUCUCUUUCAAUAUUUUUAUUCUGAAAAAUCUCAUUGUGUUAAAUAUCUAUUUUGGCUCAGGUGACUUAUUUUCAUUUUGCUAUCUAUCAGGGGUAUAACUAUUACUUAAACAAAUGUAUCAAUUAAUCUAUCAUUGUUCCUUUGUUCAAUGCCUAACCUGGCUUACAUAAAUUUCAUACUUUCUUCCUCUAUGAAAUUGAUCCAAAAUCUGUUUGAAUGAAUCAGAUAAUCAUAAGUGAUAGUGUCCUAUAGAAUUAACAAGUCGUUCUGAUGUACUUUUCUUCUUGUUAUCUAUAUUUUUUCAGCAGGAAGUGUUUGCUCCUAAUUGCAUGGUUUGUGAGCUUUGUGAAUUCUUUUACUGCAUUUAUUUGCCUCUUAACAUUUUAGUAAUGCGAUUAUUUUUUUACCCAAUUCUUGCUGGCAUGUACUUUUUUAGUAACUAGUGAUUCUGCUUUCCUAAUGCACGUUAUUUAAGUUACUACUCUGUGAAACACCUUGUUAGAUAUGUAUACUAUCAAAUUUUAGAAUUUUUAAUAAUAUUCAUGUCGAUGAAAAACCUAUGGCAAACUUACGUUCAUGUAAUGCGUAGGUAUUCACUAAGUUGUCAGUGAUAACAUUCUAUUAAUUCUCUGAUUAUCAACCAAAAAUCUGAUCCUAAUCAUGCUAAAUGUUGUUCUGUAAAUUCUCUCGUCGAAAAUCAAGCACCGCUGUGUUUCUCUAUUUUACUCAUUGCUUUUAAAUUCAUUUCUCUCUUAUUAACUCUUUUUGUGUACAAUACUGGUUAAUCUUUAGAAGUUGAGUCAGUAAGUGACAUGAAUUUCAGCAGCAUGCUAUGUUUACAUUACAUCUGAAACUAUUUAAUUACAUUUGUAUUUUUUUCCUUUUCAUUUUUUAUUUACAUUUAAAUGUAAGUCCAAGGAAAUUGCAAUGUGUUAUGUUCUCAAAUUUGAGUAAUGCUUUGUUUGUUUAAUCAUAGGUUCCAGGACUUAUUGGCCAAUCAUCUAAAUGUGUUUCUUAUUAGUAAGGAAAUCUCUGCAUGCUUCCUAUUCACUCGUAAAUUUUGUUCUUCAUUGGUUUUUUAUGCCUAUUCUUGUUCAACAGCUUUCAAUCACCUGAGCUAUUAAAUGUUUGAAUUUUUUUUAAAUAA